GCCAACUGCUGGCGGCGAGCGCUUCGACUUGCUGGUGACCUCGUUUCGGCAUCCGGUUUCAGCUUCUGGAAAGAUGUGCGGUUCGUCGUCCGGACGAGUUCGUCCAGGGCGAUUUUUAUUGGGAUCUGGGUAUCCGCCAGGAUAAAUGAGGCAUACUGAUAGCGAUGCUACCUCACUGGAAAAAAACCGAGAUUCUUUCGUGAGCUUGUUGAGACGCUUGUUAGCAGCGUGUUCCGUAGGGCCUUUCGAUGGAGACAACCCGGAAACAUGGGCCAGGCCCACUGCCGUUACGCUGCAUCAACCAUGUCUCCAUCAAGUGUGCCUCAGUGCAGAAGUCUCUCGAGUUCUAUUCGCGCGUUUUAGGCUUUCAACCGGUAAAGCGUCCCGAGAAGUCCCUCAGUUUCGACGGUGCUUGGUUAUUCAACUACGGCAUCGGGCUUCACCUUCUAGGCGAAAGCGGUUGCACUCCGAUGCCACGAACCCUCACCCCUCGGGAUAACCAUAUCGCGUUUCAGUCCGACAACCUGGCUGAAGUGGAGAGGAAGCUAAUCGCUCUGGCGAUCUCGUUCGUGAAGCAGCAGGUGCUGGAGGACGGGAUAUUGGUCGAUCAGAUCUUCUUCUUCGAUCCUGACAACUACAUGAUCGAGGUCUGCAAUUGUGACCUCCUUCCCGUCAUACCUAUCGAUCCGGUCGAUUUGUCCGCAUCAGCUUCGCCUUCCCAACAGCUCCAGAAGCAGCAGGAGUUAUCUAGAAGGGUUUCAGGCACUCCGCCCCGGAGACUGUCUGCUGGGUGUGUUCCUGAAAGCGCCACUGCUGCUGGGACACCAAGCCCAUCCAGGAUUAUCGUUCACGCUGGAACCACGCCGCUCUGUGUGUAGUCUUCAAGUGCUGUAAGCCACCUCAGAUCAGAGGGGGAGUCAUGUAUAUACUGUGAAAGGAAAGAGAAAGUGCUGCUUUAUAAUGACAGAGCGGCCAAGGAGACCAGAAGCAGGACGUAGUACAAUGACAUGGACUUGCACGGACAUCUGUCGAGUGUGAUGUUGUUUAUGUGGAAAUAGAUAGGGCAUAGGAAAGAAGCAAAACAAAAUAUAUCCGUACAAAUAACAGGUCAUUGAAGUGGUAUGGUAAGCAUACAAAAUAAGAUGAAGUCCUGAAUAACAUGUCAUGUUGUGUAUAACGUAUCUAUCAGAAUGAGAGAAGU